AGGGUACUAGCAGCACUACAGGAGGGAAGGGCGUUCUACCCAACCAGAAUCAUGAUCGACUACGAAUUUGCAGCGAAGAACGCAUUUUCCCAGGCAUUUCCAAAUGCUCACGUUCAAGGAUGUCUUUUUCAUCUCUGUCAGAGGAUACAUGAACGGAUCAAGCAAGAAGGGCUGCAGGUGCUCUACAACGAGGAUGAGGAGAUCCGGACACAGGCGAGAAUGAUAGGAGCGAUUGCAUUUGUGCCAGUGGAAGACACCGUGGAGGCGUUUGAAGCCUUGGCAGGCAUUGCAAGGGCAGAGCUGCAACCUGUCCUCAAUUAUUUUGAGGAUACUUAUGUGGGUCGACCUCAAAGAGCCGCGGGACAUGGUCGCCAGGCAGCGAGGUUCCCGCCCAUAAUGUGGAACAUGUUCAAUGCGACACUGCAGGGGGAAUUUCGCACGAACAAUCAUGUGGAGGGCUGGCACCGAAGGUUCCAGAUCGGCGUCGGUGCCGACCACCCCUCGUUUUGGCAGUUUUUGACCUGCCUAAAACGGGAACAUGCCAUGAACGAAGUAACGAUCGGACAAGCGCAAGCUGGAAUGGCGCCUCCCGCACGUAGGAGAGUGUACCAAGAUACCAAUCUCCGGCUCAUCAGGCUCGUUACUAAUUACCAUGGGAGAGACAUUGUAGAUUUUUUGAGGGGCGUGUCCCAUAAUCUUCACUAACGAUCAGUCACCUAUGCUAUUGUACAGUUUUUGAUCAGUCCAGUUGAAUUGUUUUAACAUGCAGGACCUCCCAUUUACUUGGCAUUACAUUAUAUGGGAUGUUUUGUUUUACAUUAAGAGAUGCGUAUAUACAUUGUUGAAUACAGAAUGAUAUCAUUUGAUAUCUUCUUUUUGUAUGCAUUUGAUCGUUUUCAGGAUAAAAGUUUCUAUUUUUUUUAAUUCUCUUUUUUUACUGUUUCAUGUUUAUAUGAUAAGCAUGAUUAGCAUCGGGCAAGCGCAAGCUGGAAUGGCGCCUCCCGCACGUAGGAGAGUGUACCAAGAUACCAAUCUCCGGCUCAUCAGGCUCGUUACUAAUUACCAUGGGAGAGACAUUGUAGAUUUUUUAAGGGGCGUGUCCCAUAAUCUUCACUAACGAUCAGUCACCUAUGCUAUUGUACAGUUUUUGAUCAGUCCAGGUGAAUUGUUUUAACAUGCAGGACCUCCCAUUUACUUGGCAUUACAUUAUAUGGGAUUUUUUGUUUUACAUUAAGAGAUGUGUUACGUAUAUACAUUGUUGAAUACAGAAUGAUAUCAUUUGAUAUCUUCUUUUUUUAUGCAUUUGAUUGUUUUCAGGAUAAAAGUUUCUAGUUUUUUUUUAAUUCUCUUUUUUUUUACUGUUUCAUGUUUAUAUGAUAAGCAUGAUUGUGAUGAUCUUUGCCUCUGAGUUUUACUUUGGGAUGUCAGAACUCUGUUUUUAGUACAUGACUUUGAUAAGUCUCCUCCUUUGGCUUCCUUCAAGACAGCAGGAAGGUGUUUUAUUUGUGUUAAUGUAUCAUUAAUAUUUAUCAUGUUUAUCCUCUUCAAAUAUGGUUUUGGGCAAUACGCGCCAAAAUUUGCUGGACAGAAGUUUUAUCGUUGCAGAAAAAGCUCUUCGUAUUAAUCGCAACUCUCAGUCGCGUUCCCUUACAAAUCCUAUAUUCUUUGAAAAUAGCAUGUUAAUAAUUAAUGACCUCUAUCUCUUCCAGUUAGGCCAGUUUUUGUAAACUAACAGUAAUGACAUGCUCUCAAUUUUAUUCAUGAUGUGUUCCUCCCCCCACCCCCCUACAAAAAAAUUACAUUGUGGUGACUUUCAUUUACCUCUUCUAAAUACAUUUAUCUAUGCCGGUCUCAAAUUUUGGAACUUUUCACGUAUUUGUACUAAACUUGCCCCAUCACUCCAUUCUUUUAAGCGAAAAGCGAACUCGUUUCUUUUACAAUCUUAUAAAACAUAUUAAAUCUUCGCGUAGUCAACUCGUGUUUUACUCCCCCCCCCCCCCCCCCACAGAUUGCGUUUGUGACCUUUCAUAUAAUGUCAGUCUUCGUCCUAUGUCUCUGUUGGAUCAUGUUCACCCAGACGUAGGAAAAGCAUGUUGUUAUACAUUUUUAAAUUAUGAAUUUAUAAUUCAUAAGUUCUCAUUUCACAAUUUCAGAUUAAUCUGUUUUGUCUCCAAAUGUAUAUGUAUUUAUUCCAUAUGUUUAUUACUACCGUCUUUUGAGGGAUCCACAUUCUACAAAUCCCGCUUCUCAGUAGAUCCCUCCAUUUUCACAGUUUUUUACUUUUAAACAAACGAAACAUCACUUACAGCACAUGUAUACAUUCUUUUGUAAUUUAAUUAAUGAUUUUCAAAAUGAUUUAUGUAAUUGAUUUCUUGUCAUAAUUGUUUAUAUUGAUAGUUCUGUUGGAAGUGAAAAUAAAACUGAAAAUUGAAACACUGUUUGAAAUGCUAUUAAAGUUAUUCACUUGUGA